CCGCCUGGGCAGUGAGAGGCCCCGCCUGGCGCAGUGGAAGACAGUACCGCGCGCCUCCCCUCACCAUACGCCUUACAGCUCACCGCCGUUACCCAUGAUCCCUGCUACCCACUGACGGCACCUCGCACCCCUGUAUAACAUCUGUAUAACAUGAGGAAAUCAGCCUAAAGGUAUGUGCGUUGCUAGAGCCUCGGUACCCUGAAGCCUAGUGCGGCCACCCCCGCACCCCCCAGCCUCACCCGCAGUCUCAUCACCUUGCGUUGAACUACCUUCUCACGCCGGCCAGGACUCACUAAGCAGAAGACCCACCAAGUGGAGGUAGUAUUUGGACGGGGAUCGUGGGUCGUGACACCAGCGGAACCAUGACUGACGGAGGGCUGAAGGUGGAGCAACCCAUGGAGAGUGUGGAGGCACUGUCCAGGGAAGCUGAAGGACUUAAGGUGAAGUUGGAGGAAGAGCGGCAGAAACUCAACGAUGUCCCACUGACGACAGUGGCAGCGCGGCUGGAGAACCUGCAGCAACUCAACAUAAAGCCUCGACGUGUGCUGAAGGGCCACCAGGGCAAGGUACUUUGUUCCGACUGGUGCAACGACAAGCGCCACCUCGUGUCCUCCUCCCAGGAUGGGAAGAUGAUCAUCUGGGAUGCCUUCACCACCAACAAGGAACAUGCUGUCACCAUGCCCACCACCUGGGUCAUGGCUUGCGCUUACUCCCCCACCGGUUCCAUGGUCGCCUGCGGGGGCCUCGACAACAAGGUGACAGUGUAUCCUCUCAGUUUCGAUGAAGAUGUCACUCAGAAGAAGAAGGCUGUCGGAACCCACACCUCCUACAUGUCCUGCUGCACCUUCCCCUAUUCUGAUCAGCAGAUCCUGACUGGUUCUGGGGACUCAACUUGUGCAUUAUGGGAUGUGGAGUCAGGGAUGAUGCUUCAGAGCUUCCAUGGCCACCAGGGUGAUGUGAUGGCCCUUGACCUGGCCCCAUCAGAGACUGGCAACACCUUCGUCUCUGGUGGGUGUGACAAGAUGGCCCUGAUCUGGGACAUGCGUACAGGCCAGUGUGUGCAGAAUUUUGAGGGCCAUGAAUCAGAUAUCAAUACAGUCAAGUUCUACCCUUCGGGAGAUGCUAUUGCCACAGGCUCUGAUGAUGCAACAUGUCGACUGUUUGACCUGCGUGCUGAUCGAGAGAUUGCUGUCUACACCAAAGAGAGCAUCAUUUUUGGUGUAAAUUCUGUUGACUUCUCUGUCAGUGGACGGCUACUGUUUGCGGGCUACAAUGACUAUACUGUCAAUGUUUGGGACACUCUAAAAUGCCAUCGUUUGACCAUCCUUUAUGGACAUGAGAACAGAGUCUCCUGCCUUAAGAUGUCCCCAGAUGGUACCUCCAUAUCUACAGGAUCCUGGGACUUCACACUCAGGAUAUGGGCAUAAAUCCAGCAGUCGAUCAGCAGAAAAAUGGGAGGCGUUUCAUUACUGCAGAGCCAUGACAGAUGCAAUUACCAACAAACCUAGAAUUUACCCAGGCAAUGUCACUUAGCAUUAUCCAGCUAAGAGUUUAUCAGAAAAGCAUCAUGUAUCAGCAUCCAACUAAGAGUUUACCAUGAGGACAACACCUAGCAGUAGCCAGCUUAAGUGUUUACCAGGAGAGCAACACCUAGCAGUAGCCAACUAAGAGUUUAGCAGAACAGCAUCUAGCCAUACAGGGUGAGUGAUGUGGACCAAGAAUAUGAAUACUUGCUGACAACUCUAAUCUUUUUAUCAUAAAGCAAGACAUUAGUACUCCACUAUAAUACAUUGUAUGGUAGUAAAAGCAGAAAUAAUGUCACUAUAAUUGACAAUAAAGUAAAACUUUAUCAUUUUAUCGUGUAGCUGAUAAUACGGUAGUCCUUUUGUUAUAUGAUCAUACUUAUAACAUAUAACAUAAGACUCAAGGGUCAGAUUGAACUUUCCUCAGCAGGAAUUAGAAAGUAACAGGCCUUUGACUUAGUGGAGUUUGUAUAGUAAUCCACAUUUGUUUAUUCUUUGUACCAAGAUCCAUUACUCAACCUUCGCCAUUUUUGCACACACCACAUAGGGUAAUUAUCAAGAUACAUAGUGAGGAAAAAAAAAGAACUAUAAAUUCCUUUCUGUCAGUGUAGGAGUGAGUACUGUACUGUAUUCCAUUUUUGUUUUCUUUAAGGGACCAAGAGGCACUGACUGUGUCCUAACUUUAAUGCCAAUAAUUUGUACUGCAGUAAACCACUUCCAUUACAUCCUGUCAUCUUCUGAGACAUACAGGGUACACCCAAAAAAAAUAUAAAAUCAACAGAAACACAAACAGUAUUGUCAAAGGUCUAGAAGAGUGUAAAGAUAGAUACUGUAGUUAUAUACAAUAAUCCGUGUUGAUGUUUUAGUCACAAACACAUCUUGACAGAAGAGUGUUCAGCUGUCAUAUUAUAAUUCACUCCUAUCCCAUUGAUGUGUUUUGUCACCCAUAUCCUAUUGAGACAUGUACUGCUGGCUUGUAAGAUUUAGAUUGCUCUGAACAUUACCAUUCAUUAAUAUUACUUAAGAGCAAUUGUGUCUUUUAGUGGUAUAUUGUCAAAAUAUUAAUGUAAUAGUGGCAGAACAAUAGCAGGAUACCUGUACCUGAAGAUGCUGAUAAACAUAAGCAAACUUAUUUACUUUACUCUUGAUUUUGGUCAGUUUAAUUAACUCCUGUGUGAGAAAUAUUCAGAAUAAGUGCGUAACUUGGAUAUAGCUGGGUUAUAGUAUGUUACCAGGGUACCACAAGCUUUGAAACUACUGUACUGUACUGUACUGUAGUCUUAAAUAUAUUAUGAUAUUUUGGGGAAAUUAUAAUGAUACAUAUUAUAAAUUAAAAAAUAUUAGAUAAUUAGAUGUGCAUAUGUGCACACCCAUGUACAAACAAAAUACUGUACUUGCAUUACAUAAAUGCAUACAUGUCCAAACACUCAUACACAUAGUACAUACAAUAUAUAAAAAUUACUUAAUAAAAAUAUGUAAAUAUAUGUAUGUUGAUCA